AUGGUAGAAAAAAGACAACAACACCAAGAGGUAGAAACGAUUCCUCUAGCAUACCCAGACAAUUAUUCAUAUGACCCUAGAACGAACAAGUUAACAAAGACUGGUAAUCAUAGAUCUAAAUUGGUACUCAAUCCAGAGGCAAUUGAAUUCCUCAUGAAAAUAGAUCAACCAAUUGCAGUUGUUUCCAUUCAAGGUCCUACUAGAUCAGGCAAGUCGUACAUCAUUUCUACACUACUAGGUGGCAGAAGAGAUGCAUUCUCGAUCGGACAUUCCACCUCGUCACAUACCAUGGGUAUUUGGAUAUCAACGACUCUGAUCCAAAAUGAUGGCUUUGCAGUACUAUUAAUGGACUGUGAAGGUGCAUUGGCUGUAGACUCUAACCCCAACAACGAUGUUGCCAUCAUGUUACUGUCGGCUCUUCUCUCUUCUACUUUUAUAUACAAUUCAAAAGUUGUACCAAAUACAGCUGAUAUCAAUCAAUUACAUUUUAUGGUAAAGUUGAUAGGUAAUAUAAAGACAACAGAUGAAUCAAAGAAUAGAUCGAUACAACCAAAUGAAUUGGUAAGUCAUAUGCCAGAGUUUAUUUGGUUGUUUAGGGAUGCGUUUCUGGUCCCUACCAACGAUGGCGUGCCUUGUUCACUUGAUGAGUAUGUCAUGAAGAAGGUAUUCCGCAUUGACCAAGCUGGAGACUCUGAUGCCAUCAGAUUGUCAAAUACAACUAGCAGAGUCAUUCUAAACUACUAUAGAGGUGUCAAACCAUUUGCCCUAGGGAUUCCUUGCAACUCAAACUUACUUCAAGAUGUUGCAAAUCUAACCGACGAUCAAUUGAAUACAGAUUUUGUAAAGACUAGAAAUGAGUUUAUCAAAUACCUAGAAACAAAUGUUCAACCAAAGGUUGGUGCCAAUGGAUUACCAAUUAAAGGUCCAAUAUUGGUUGAAUUAAUUAAAGCUUAUACAGUAUCAAUUAAUACACCUGGUUCAGUACCAUUAAUCCAAAAUACAUGGGAUGCUAUUGUUAGUACUAAAUUGGUUGAAACUCUAAAUAUUGCUGUCAACCAUUAUGAAACAAAAAUGGUUGAAAGAUUAGACAACAAACUACCUCUUGAAACCGAAGCAUUAUUAAUUAUUCAUAAUUCUGUAAUUUCUGAAACAAAUCAAUUAGCUAUUGGCAAAAUUGGAUCACUUGCUGAAAUUGAUCAAAUUGAUCAAUUAAUUACAGAUUUAAAGAAUAAAAUAUCUGAAUUUACGGUUGAACAAGAGAAUGGUAAAGAUAAAGUUAGUAUUACAGGAGGUAUACUUUUCAAAUGGGUUCAAUUAAAUAAUGAGGCAAGUUUGAUACAAUCACGUCAAGUAAUGGUACCAAUUGCAAAACAAUUCCAACAAGAGUUUAUGGAGAACCAAGAUAGAGAUUUCAAAGAGGUAUUGUCACAAUUGCCAAUUGUAAAAGGUCCAUUUUUACUAAGAGCUAUUGGUCCAAUGAAACUCAAAGUUUGGAAAGAAUUUGUAGAUGAGGUGUAUCGUCAAGAGGAACAGUUUAACCGAUUGAAACAACACCAACUGCUAUUAAUAGAAGAAUCAAAAAAGAAUAUGAACCUACAACUUGAAGCAGAGGCUUUCAACAAUACACUUGCCGACACUGAAAAGAUAGUUUGUCAACAACAAAAGGAAUUCAAUGAUUCUAUAACCGCCAUCGUCAACUCACAAACUCAACAUUUCAACGAGAUGAAAGAGAAUGCAGAGAGAAAUCGCAUUGAAUCUGAAGCUCGUCUAAACAACCUUAUUCAAUCAAAUCAAGCGGAACAAGAAAGUUCAAUUAAAAGACACCUUGAAUAUAUGAAACAACAAAACCAAGAAAUGGAAAAAACAGCUGCUGAAAUUGAAAGAUUAAAACGCAGUGGUGGUGGUCGUAGAGGAUUUAGAGUAUUUGGUGUCAGAUUAUGGUAA